UACGAUACAAACGAUUGUGUGGUAAAUGUGGUCACAAGAAGAAAGUGCGCCAAAUGUCGGAUUAAUAAGUGUUUCAAUGAAGGUAUGAAUAAACAAAUGAUUCUGGAUGAAGUGGCAAAGUCCAAGAGAAUGGAGAAAAUCACCAAAAAUAGAGAAAAGCGCCAUAAGAUGACGGAUCAAGUGGACCUGGAAGUCACUGAACCCGAGGCUGAUCCAGAUCAUACAUCUACACAAUCAACAGUGCCUUUACUGUGCAUUACUAAUACAAACAACCAAGCUUACAUUAAUACUGACCACAUAUUUAGCACAAGUUUAGUGAAUGAUAAGCGGACGAAGGCUUACGAGAGGGCAUUCACUCUGGGAAUGAGUAUCUGUCCGGUGGACCGACCCCUCACUGACAGCAAUAUAUUCAAUGAAUUAGAAGGCAAUCGCUUUACGGAACUCAUGAGUGCCACAGAUUUGCUCACAAUUCAGACCUCGAGUAACACAUCAGUUGUGGUGACAAUCGACCAGUUCUACCAAAUUAUAGACAUUCAACGCAACACUGAUAUCGCAAAUGUGGUCAAAAUGUGUAGACAUUUAUUCGGAUUUAAUACUCUAUGUGACCAGGAUCAACUGAUAUUACUCAAACAUGGCUCACUUGAGAUUCAUUCGAUGCGAUCCAUUACUUACUAUGAUAGUGACCGGCAGUAUUGGACUAUGAACCUGGAUGAGAGGAAUGCACUCAUAAUUACAAUGGAUUUUAUAAAGACUGCUGAAAGUGAGCUAUACUUGGAGUUCAAAGAGUUUAUAACCAAUGUUUGCGCGGCAAUGGAGUCCGAUAUUAACAUAAUUAAUAUGGAAACGCGAUGCAAACAAAGGACUCAAGACAGAGAUCAGGAGCAGUUGCCUCCUCUACUCAAAGAAAUUAUAACUGAUUAA